ACAGGCGCUCUCUCUUUCUCUCUCUUUUCUUCUUCUUCUUCUUCUUCUUCUUCUUCGAUCCAUUGAACCAUCCGAAGUUCCUAUAGGCGAAGACUUCCAAUGGCGGACGAGAAGAAGCAAACGAGAUCCAUGUCUUGAGCCUUCUGCCGUAUCUCCUCCGAUAGCCUCUUGGUUUUUUGUGGCAGAACAGUGAGUGUGGAAAUGGCUGAUGUAGCGGGUCUGGCAGAAGCCGCGGGGGCCAGAUUCAGUUCACUCGAGUUGAUUGGAAGAGGAUCUUUUGGAGAUGUCUAUAAAGCGUUUGAUAAGGAGCUCAGCAAAGAAGUUGCUAUUAAAGUUAUUGAUCUGGAAGAAUCAGAGGAUGAAAUCGAAGACAUUCAGAAGGAAAUUUCUGUUCUAUCCCAAUGUCGAUCUCCGUAUAUUACGGAAUACUAUGGUUCCUAUCUCCACCAGACCAAGCUGUGGAUAAUUAUGGAGUACAUGGCCGGUGGUUCCGUUGCGGAUCUACUUCAAUCAGGUCCACCUCUCGAUGAGUUGUCCAUAGCCUGUAUUUUACGUGACUUGCUACAUGCAAUUGAAUAUUUGCACACUGAAGGGAAAAUUCACAGAGAUAUUAAAGCGGCCAACAUUUUAUUGAGCGAGAACGGCGAUGUUAAGGUUGCAGAUUUUGGUGUUUCUGCUCAGUUAACGAGAACUAUAUCAAGGAGAAAGACAUUUGUUGGAACCCCCUUCUGGAUGGCACCAGAGGUAAUUCAGAAUUCAGAUGGGUACAAUGAGAAGGCAGAUAUCUGGUCUCUGGGGAUCACUGCAAUUGAGAUGGCUAAAGGUGAACCUCCGCUUGCAGAUCUUCACCCAAUGAGAGUUCUUUUUAUCAUACCUCGAGAAAAUCCCCCACAGCUGGAUGAGCAUUUUUCUCGUGCCAUUAAAGAAUUUGUUUCUUUGUGCCUGAAGAAAGUACCGGCGGAGCGGCCCAGUGCCAAGGAACUUUUGAAGCACCGUUAUAUAAGAAAUGCCAGGAAGAGUCCAAGGCUUCUAGAGCGAAUAAGAGAGCGUCCAAAAUAUAUGAUAGUGGAAGAUGGAGAAACACCUAGGAUUGGUAAAGGUGAGUUGGAGGGGUCAGACACUGUGAAGGUGAGAAGAGACAUAAAAGGAGAAGAAACAGUACGAGCCAGUAAUCAAGGGCGAGGAGUGAAGAGUGCUGGAUGGGAUUUCAGCAUUGGUGGAGUGCAGGGAACAGGGACUGUUAGGACCAAUCUAUUGCCACCUCAAGUCAGAGAGAGGAAAUCAGAGAAUUCCCACAAUCAGGCUACCCCUAGAAGAGUGGGAGAUGGUGGUAACACAUGGUUUUCUGCAUCUGGAAAUGCACCUCAGACUCCAGAAAUAUCACUCCGGAAAGAUGCUAGAGACUUGGAUUAUAAUAAUCACCACGAUGAUGAAGAUUCGUCUUUGAGUGGAUCGGGUACUGUCGUGGUACGAAGUCCUAGAGAAUCUCAACCAUCACCCUUGCUUCGCGAUCAAAGCACUCUUUCUAGCAGCUCCUACGCUUCUAUUGAAGAUGCUUCUACGACAGGAACUGUAGUUUUGCGUGGUCAACACGAUGAGUCUGAUUCUCCUCGGACCCCAAAAUCGAGACUUGGGAUUCAGGAGAGAAGUUCCAGUGCUUCACUGGAAGACAGUGCAGCAAACCUUGCAGAGGCUAAGGCGGCUAUGCAAGGGGCUUUUAGAAGAGGAAAUGCAAGAGAAAAGAGGUCUGUCCUAGGUAAGUUAAAUGACGGGCAGGAAAAUGGAAAUAGAGAACAACUAUCGAAAAGCUCUGAUUCGUCAAGGAAUUCAUAUGAGUAUUUUGAUGCUCAUAAAGUUCUCCCGAGGUCCCGCCAAGCAAGCGAUGAUGAGGAGAUUGCAAAAAUAUUAUCUUCAUCUGUCCCAUUGUCGGUUCUGCUCAUCCCUUCCUUGAAAGAGGCAACUGGCGAUGAUUCUGAGGGACCGGUUGCCCAUGCUGUUUCAAACUCACUCACAAACUUGGAGCGCAUGAAGCCAGGAUCAUGUGAGGUUCUUAUCAGCAAGUUGCUACAGAGAUUGGCAAGUUCAAAAGAACCCUCGUUGAAAGACUUGCAGGAUCUGGCAACUCACACCUUUUCAAAGGGCCAGAUAUCCCCAGAAAAAUCCGGAAAUGCAAAUACCGAAGUUGAUAACCGCAAGAAACAACAGAACAAAGAAUCCAAUUCUAAUGCUAAUUUAAGCCCACUAGCAAGAUUUUUGCUCUCAAGAUGGCAAGGCCAAGUAUCCCGAGAUCUUAACCCAACUUGAGAGAGAAGACGGGAAUAGUACCUAUUUAUUUGUAUUGUGCUUCAUAUCGAUGCAUUUAUUCUGAUUCAAUGUACAUAGAAAUGAUAGUGUAUUUGUUAGCAACCAACCUUUGUCUGAGUAAAUUUGCCUCUGAUGGUAGAGUUGCUGCGUGACUAAGGAGUUUGUUCUUGAUGCACUAACAGUGUAAAAAAAGAAAGAACCACCAUUCUUAUUCAUCGAUGGUUGAUUUUUGGCUU